UUUUUAAAUAUAUUGUAGAUCGCACAACAUGAUACUACCAAUUUUAAUAAUUUCCAUGAUGUGUGGGUUGACUCUAACCGAAUACAUUCCACCUGGACCAGAAUAUCGUUGCCCAAAGGACAAAUUAUUGUUACAUCCCUGUACCUGUGAUAUUGAAUCUGAUGAUGGAAUUUACGUUAGCUGCAAUAACACAAAUUUAGCUAGUAUGAGCAUAGGCCUCAAUAAUUUAGCUACUUUUAAAUUGCCAAUUGAACGAUUAACUAUUUUUAAAUGUAAAAUAGGAAGAUUAUUUGGAAGCUUGUUGUAUAAAUUAAAUGUACGAGUUUUGUUGAUCGAAGACACUCCAAUAGAAACAAUUGAUGAACAUACUUUUCUUGGUAUUAACAACACUUUAAACGAACUAUAUUUAAAAAAUACUAGUUUAAAGGAAUUUCCUACAUCAGCUUUUAAAAUUUUGGGUAGCUUAACUAUUUUAAACAUAAGUACUCAUCAAAUGAGCGAACUGCCAAAAGAUGCAUUUUCAUCCAGUAAUAUGACGGGGACUCUUCUAAAGCUGCAUAUAACAGACGGCAAUCUUACAACACCUUUACCUGAAAGCUUGCAACCGUUAAGGAAGUUGAAAACUCUUGAUUUACAUGGAAAUCAAAUAAAAGCUCUGAAGAAGAAUCAAUUUAAAGGUUUAAGAGACGUUGAAAUAUUGGACUUGAGCUUCAACGAAAUUCCCAAAAUUGAUGGUUCUCAUUUAUCAGAUUUGACUAAGUUGGGUUGGCUUAAUGUUUCUAAUAACAGAUUUACAGAAAUCACCAGAGGAGCUUUUGCCAGAAAUACUGUGCUAAAAGUACUUAAUUUGGCUUCAAAUAAGAUACGAAAAUUGGACCAAAAUUCAUUUAGAGGGAUGAGAUUUUUAAGAAGAGUAUACCUUGCUGAUAACGAAAUUAGCGAUAUUGGUAGAGGAACUUUCGGUUCUUUAAAAAGAAUCGGUACAAUCGAUUUAGCUAGGAACAAACUGAAAAAAAUCGAUUAUCAAAUGUUCUUCGAUCUUAACUUUAUUGAGAUUUUAGAUGUUUCUGAAAAUCAGGUAACAGAAAUACAAAAACUUGCUUUUAAAGCGCUGUAUUUAACUAAUAUAAACUUAUCGAAGAACAAGAUAACUAAAAUUGAAAAUGGGGCAUUUGAAAAUUGUGCCAAUAUGACUGUACUGGAUUUGUCGUACAAUCAAUUAUAUGAUAUUCCAAAGAAAGCUUUUGAUGAAACUACAUACGCCACGGAACUUCAGUUAUCUUAUAAUUUCCUCACUAAUUUCUCACAGAUUCCCUUGCAGAACAUGACAGGCAUCAAAAUCUUGAAUGUAUCGCAUAACGCCAUUACGUCUAUUCCCAGAAGAACUUUUCCCAAAUUAUAUGAGCUUCACACUAUCGAUAUAUCUCACAACAAUCUUUCAGAUAUCUUUAAUUCCGUAUUUCAAACUUUAUUUUCACUUAGAUAUCUCAACAUAAGAUAUAACAAUCUGGUUAAUAUAAAACCUAGCAUGUUUGGAACUCUUCCGACAUUACUAGAUUUAGAUUUAAGCUAUAACAAUUUGAAUACGGUAGCUAAAGGAUCGUUUACGCGGUUAGCUAGUACCAGAAAGUUGAGUGUGAAAGGUAAUAAUUUGAAAAGUUUUUUCCAACUUCCUAUUUCAGUUUCCGAAUUAGAUUUGUCCGAUAAUCAAUUUGAAAAAUUGCCACCUGAAACUUGGCCAAGUAUGAAUUCUUUGCUGAGUUUGGACUUGAGUUACAAUAAUAUUGGUGAUAAUUUGGAACAGGGGAGUUUUACGAAUCUUCUAACUCUGCAAAAAUUGAAUUUGAACUACAAUGGUAUGCAGAAUCCUCCAUGGGUAGCUUUGAGUGAAUUGACUUCAUUGCAAUACAUUUAUUUAGAGGGUAAUAAUAUUACAAAACUAGCAAGGAACGCUUUUGGGAGACUCCCAGUAGUUUUUGAACUAAAUCUAGCCCACAAUAAUAUUCAUAAUAUAAGUUCUAGGGCAUUUGAAGGACUACUACAGCUUAUAGUGUUAAAUUUAACGCACAAUAAUAUAAGUUCGAUUCCCAAUGGGGCAUUCCAGGGCUUGGUAUCUCUUACCAGUUUGGAUCUCUCCUACAACAGGAUCUCAAAAAUGGAUAAUAAAACUAAUAGUGUACUUGAUGAGUGUCUGUCUUUGGAAAAACUUGAUCUAAGUCAUAAUAGGGUGAGCUUUUUAUCUAAAAAGUUUUUCCCAAGUAACCAAUAUAUACCAUAUAAAUUAAGAGAGAUUGAUUUGUCUUACAAUCUAAUGCCCGUUUUGACAAUAGACCUUACAAUUGGAACAUCGAAGGUGGAAAAAUUGAAUUUGUCUAAUAAUGCAAUUGCUAAUAUAAGAACAGGUGUCAUUGGAAAUAUCACCCGACUCAAAACACUUGAUCUAUCCAACAAUAAACUUGAAGAUCUUGUAAGCGACAAAGAAUUCUUUAGAUUACCUGCAAACAUUACAAACAUCAAUUUAUCUAACAAUAUGCUCAGUGAUUUGCCGUGGAUGAAUAUAAAAAAUGCUACUCAAAUUGCUGUCUUAGACUUAAGGGGAAAUCGUUUUGUUAAUUUUGUUCCAGUACUUACCCAGAUGGUUGAAAGAAAUGUGAACGUUUACUUUGAAGGAAAUAAGCUGCACUGUGAUUGCUUUUUACGUCCCUUAUCAAGAUACUUCAGAAGUCAAAUAUUUUUAAAAGAGUUUUACAAAAAUAUCAGAUGUGAAACUCCGUCUUUUUUGAGUAACCAUACUCUCUUUGAUCUACCAGAAGAGAGAUUGAACUGUCCCAAUAAUGUUAAUACAAGUGAAUUUAAGAAACGUCUUUCAGGCGAUUUUGAAGUACUGCCCGAUUUAAGAUUUAGAGAAUUAUCACAUACAAAAGGAGUAUUUAAAACAAAAUGGAGAGUCAUGAAACAAACCGAUAUUGGAGAUACGGAGAUCUUCAUUAGAGAUGUUGCAAACGCUCAAAAUAUCGUUUACAAAACGACAGUGCCGUAUUUUAAAAGAGUUUUAACAAUCGACUCGAAUAAACUAUUUACCAAAACUUCAAAAACUGGAAAAGGAUACCAAAUUUGUUUAAUAGCCAAAGAUAGUAAAGAUAAAGUAAAAAAUUUUUAUUCAGAGCAAUGCAAAGAUUUAUCACAAACAUUUUCAGGAAGUUUGUCUGUAAACAGACCAAAUUAUUUGUAUAGUUUAAUAUUUGUUUAUAUCGUUAUUUUUGUUGUUUCUACAUAA